GGAAGUGAUAGCGUCUAGUUUCCCUUCGUGGAAAGGACUUUUUUUCACACAUACUCCAGCGAGCUCGGAUACAGGUCUCAUAACUUACACAGCGCAGCGGUCACGUGCCCACAGUAAAUAUGGCGGCGCCGGCGGGUGACGUGGGCUGACGUAGAAACAAGCGCUUGAAUCAGUGAAGAGGGAAACGCUGGUGACGGUCGCGGUUGUGGUUGGAUUGCAGAGUCGGUCACGGAUGAUGGCGACUCAGCGUGGGAAGAGGAAAGCGGACGGCACUAGGCUGCUGAUGGGGCGGCAGGAGCUGUACAAGCAUCAUGUAGAGGGCGCUAUCGUCAGGAUCAAGAUGGAGAACUUUCUCACUUAUGAUAUGUGUGAGGUGUUUCCUGGUCCUCACUUAAACAUGAUUGUUGGUGCUAAUGGAACAGGAAAGUCUAGCAUUGUUUGUGCAAUUUGUCUGGGAUUAGCUGGAAAGACAGCGUUUAUUGGAAGAGCAGACAAGGUUGGAUUUUAUGUGAAGCGUGGGUGCCAGAAAGGAAUGGUGGAGCUCGAAUUGCACAAGUCAUCUGGGAAUCUUAUCAUCACUCGUGAAAUUCACGUAUCAAAUAAUCAGUCAGUGUGGUACAUGAAUGGCAAGAGUACAUCUUUAAAGAUGGUUGAAGAGAAGGUGGCUGCUUUGAACAUCCAAGUGGGGAAUCUUUGUCAGUUUCUCCCUCAGGAUAAAGUUGGUGAGUUUGCCAAAUUAUCUAAAAUUGAGCUGCUUGAAGCAACAGAGAAGUCAAUUGGACCUCCAGAGAUGUACAGAUUUCAUUGUGAAUUAAAAAACUGCAGGGAAAAAGAAAAACAACUUGAGGAUACGUGUAAAAGUAAAGAAGAAUUUUUGGAGAAGCUGAAGCAGAGGAAUGAACGAUACAAGCAGGAUGUUGAGAGGUACUAUGAGAGAAAACGUCACCUAGACAAGAUUGAGAUGCUGGAAAGAAAAAGACCUUGGGUGGAAUAUGAAAAUAUGCGACAACAAUAUGAAGAAAUAAAACAGAAGCGUGAUCAGUUAAAGGACGAACUAAAGAGGAAACGAGACUUACAAGCUCCACUUAAUCAAAACAUUCAACAAUAUAAUAGACAGCAUACCCAAAUUGAUGGGAAAAUUAAAGAGAAAGUAUUUGUAAUUAGGGAAACAUCACAGAAAUGCAAAAAGAAACAAGAACUUUUAGAAAUAAAGGAGAAACAGAUAGAAGAAGUACAGCAAAAGUUGAGAAUGAAGAAAGACGAGGAGUUGGACAGACAGAAGAAGAUCUGUACCAUCCGUAAGAUGAUUGAGGACUGGCAAAGCGAGUUAAACACUAUGGGAAACAUUGAGACUGUUCAACCAGAGAUGGAUUCUAUUGUGAGUGAGUUGCGUCAUAUCCAGGAAGAGAGAUCAAAUGUUGAAAGUGAAAUAAGUGACCUGCGAAUGGAACAGCAAAAUAUGGAGAGAGAAAAGAGAGAUAAAGCUAAUCGACUGAAGCAGUUUGAUAAUUUAUUAAAUCAAAAAGAAGAAAAAUUGCAAAAGAGAUUUAUAGACACUUACAAUGCAGUUAUGUGGCUUAAAGAAAAUAAGCAUCGGUUUAGGAAACAUGUUUGUUUUCCCAUUAUGUUAGAAGUUAAUGUGAAAAACAAUCAGCAUGCCAAAUAUGUGGAAAAUCACAUUUCCAUGAAUGACAUGAAGGCCUUUGUUUUUGAAUGUCAAGAGGAUAUGGAAAUGUUUUUGAAAGAGGUCAGAGACAAUCAAAGGUUAAAGGUAAAUGCUGUUUGCUCACCUCCAGAGUCCGUUGCAGACCGGAAGCCAUCCAAGCCAAUCUCUGAUUUAAAACAGUAUGGCUUUUUCUCCUACUUAAGAGAAUUAUUUGAUGCUCCUGAACCAGUGAUGAAUUAUUUGGUCUCCCAAUAUCAUGUUCAUGAAGUACCUGUGGGGACAGAGGAGACCAGGCAUAUGAUAGAAAAAGUCAUAAAUGAAGUCGGAAUUCGUCAGUUGUACACUGCAGAGGAAAAGUAUUCCACUAAAGUAUCUGCGUAUAGUAACAGCAUUAUCUCCAGCAAUGUCUACCUGAAAGGAGCGCAGUUUCUUACAGUCACAGUAGAUGCAGAGGAGAGGAGACAGGUGCUUCAACAGUUUAAGGAGGUUGAAAAUAUGUGUGCUCAGCUAGUAUCUGACAUGGAUGUACUGCUCAACAGACAGAAGCUUCUGGACAAACGAGAUAAUGAACUAAAGUUAAGAAAGAAAGAGAUAUUGGAUUUAAAAACCAAAAAGCGCCAACUAGAACAAAAAAUAGCUACCAAAUAUGACAGCUUAAAGCAGUUAGAGCAAGAAAAUAUCAAUGUGAAGGAUGCGGAAGAGCAAGCAAAUGUCAAAGUAAAAGAAAUUAAUAUACAGAAAGCCAAGCUUGUUACAGAGUUCACACAGUUAAUUAAGAACUGCAUAAUGCUGAAUAAAGACAGAGUGGAUUUAACCCUGCAAAGUACAACAGUGUUGUGGAAGAUGAACAAACUUGAAUCAGAACUCAAAGAGGCAACAUCCAGACUCAAAGAACUAGAGGGUCAAUAUGCUGCUGUGGAUGGGCUGAAAAGUAAUCUGCUGGACAAAUGCAAAGGUCUCUUGAGAAAAGCAAGACAAGUGUGUAACCUUGGGCAAAGCGAUGAGGUCCCGCAAGAUUUUCAAAUUGCAUUCCAUGCACUUCCAAAUACACUGGAUGAAAUAGAUGCUGUACUGAAUGAAGAACGGUCCAGAGCCUCUUGCUUCACAGGCUUAAAUUCCUCUGUUGUUGAAGACUAUGCCAAACGAACGCAAGAAAUAGAAGACAUGACAAAGGAAGUUGACAGGAAGAAAGAUGAGUUGUCUAAAUAUAGACAGAACAUAUCACAGGUGAAGCAAGAUUGGCUUACGCCUUUGAAGCAUUUAGUAGAAAAAAUCAAUGAACAGUUCAGCAGCUUCUUCAGUUCGAUGCAGUGUGUAGGUGAGGUCGAUCUACAUACUGAAAAUGAGGAGGAUUAUGAUAAGUAUGGAAUAAGGAUCCGUGUAAAGUUUAGAAGUAGCACACAACUUCAUGAGCUGACCCCGCAUCAUCAGAGUGGAGGGGAGCGCAGUGUGUCCACAAUGCUCUAUCUAAUGGCUCUCCAAGAGCUCAACAGGUGCCCGUUCCGAGUAGUGGACGAGAUAAAUCAGGGCAUGGAUCCAGUGAAUGAAAGACGAGUAUUCGAAAUGGUAGUGAAGACAGCUUGCAAAGAAAACACUUCUCAGUAUUUCUUUAUUACACCAAAGCUCCUCCAGAAUCUAACGUAUGCUGACAAAAUGACUGUAUUGUUUGUGUACAAUGGACCUUACAUGCUGGAACCCACAAAAUGGGACUUGAAGGCUUUUCAUAGAAGACGUCGAAGAGUAGCUAAAGUGGCUGAAUAAAGUUCUCCCCUUAAAUCUUCUCUAUAAACCAUCAAGAGAUUUCUGCUACAAAGUUCUGAGUUUACAAUUAACUUUGAAAGAAUUCUUUGUCAGGGGUAACACAUGUAUGCAAUAUAGUAAUGUUUAUAUAUUUGAUAGCAUUGUAAAGGGAGCUGUUAGUCAGCAAUUUGUGUAGUUUAUUAUAUCUUUUCUAACAUUAAAUAAUUCCAAAAUAUAA